GCUGAACACACAGUAGUGUGACUUUAAGUUUUAUUUUUUAGAACCCCACCAAAAAAUCCGGUAAUAAACUUUUUUAUUUAUUAUUUUUGACUGUACCUUUCCUUUGUUAUUUUUAUGAUAAAAAGAUUUAUAAGUAAAAUGGCUUUCUCCCCUUCUGAAUUUAGACCCUUUACGCUUGAAAAGAUUGAACGUGUCAAUCAUAACGUCAGUCUCUUUCGUUUCAAGUUGCCCAACCCCACUGACGUGGCAGGUUUACCCACCGCUUCAUGUGUUGUCUUCCGUUCAGAUAUUACCAAGGAAGGCAAGACAGAACAAGUCAUUCGCCCUUAUACACCUACUUCUUUAGAAAAGACCCAAGGUCAUGUUGAUUUUGUUAUUAAGGAUUAUCCCACUGGUGUCAUGAGUAGACAUAUCCAUUCUUUAAACGUGGGUGAUUCCGUCGAUAUCAAGGGUCCCUUUGUCAAGUACAACUGGGAUGAGAAGCCCGUGAGCCAAGUUGGCAUGGUUGCUGGUGGCACAGGCAUCACUCCCAUGCUUCAAUUAUUGCGCAAGGUUUUCAGCCCCGAUUCAUCUGAUAAGAAAUCGCAAUUCACUUUAAUUUUUGCCAAUCAAACAGAACAAGACAUCUUGUUCAAGGAAGAAUUAGAUGGCUAUGCAAAGGCCUAUCCUGACCGUUUUAAGGUAGUCUAUGUAUUGGAAACUGCGCCCCAAACUUGGGAAGGUUUGACGGGUUAUAUCACACGUGAUGUUGUGGAAAAGGCCUUACCUCAACCUGAUGUCGAGUCCUCCAUCAUCUUUGUAUGUGGUCCUCCUCCCAUGAUGGAAGCCAUCAGUGGUGACAAAAACCCUGAUAAGAGCCAAGGUACCUUGAGAGGCUUUUUGAAAGAGCUUAAUUACAUUCAAGAUCGUGUUUGUAAGCUUUAAAAUAUACACUAUUUUUACAUGUAAA